AUGUCUCUCUUCAAAACGGUGCAAUCGCUAAUCGACAAGGAUGAUUCCACCCCCAUCCAAUUGACCCUGGGAUCGAGGAAGCUGAAACCGGGCGAGCAUAUCCCCAAAGGAGAAGCUCGAGCCACACCAACUCUGAGCUGGCCCGCGGCGGCCCCAGGACAAAAAUAUCUCGUGGUGUCGAUCGACCUCGACGCGCCGUUUCCGUCGUUCGCGCCCCUGUCUCCCGUGCUGCACUGGAUACAGGGUGGGUUGGAGCUCGACACAACCAAGAAUGCUCUGACCUCCUCCGAUCCUGUCCUUGUCGCCUGGGCGCCCCCGGGCCCUCCGGGCAUCAGCGGUCCGCAUCGCUAUAUCUUCCUGUUGUACCACCAGCCGGCUGGGUUCACGCCGUCGUUGUUUGCCAAGGAGAAGGGCUGGGGCAUCAGGGACCGCAUCAAAUGGGACCAGUCGAAAUUCGAGAGGGAGGCCAAUUUGGGCCACGCGGUCGCUGCUACAUAUUUCUUGAGUAACUAA